AUGUCGGUGCCGCCUCCCGCCCCCGCCGAAGCCGAGGCCGAGGCCGAGGCGAAGCCGGAGGAGGCAGGGGCUCGCCCGAGCCAGGGCCCCGCGCCGCCGGACCCGCCCGGGCCGGGCUAUGUGCUGGGGCUGGACGUGGGCAGCAGCGUGAUCCGCUGCCACGUCUAUGACCGGGCCGCUCGGAUCCACGGCUCCAGCAGCCAGAAGGUAGAAGUGAUUUAUCCUCAAAAUGGCUGGGUUGAAAUAGAUCCUGAAGUUCUUUGGAGUCAAUUUAUUGCUGUAAUAAAAGAAGCUGUACAAGCUGCAGGAAUACAAAUGCAUCAGGUUGUUGGCCUUGGGAUCUCAACACAGAGAGCAACUUUCAUUACAUGGAACAAGAAAACAGGAAAUCAUUUUCACAACUUCAUAAGUUGGCAAGACCUAAGAGCUGCUGAGCUUGUGAAAUCCUGGAAUAAUUCUUUUCUGUUGAAGCUAAUACAGAGUUCCUGCAAAGUACUUCACCUUUUCACUCGAAGUAAACGACUUUUAGGUGCCAGUUUAUUCACUUUUACAACUCAACAAGUGUCUCUGAGAUUGGCCUGGGUUUUACAGAACUUGACUGAGGUGCAAAAAGCAGCUGCAGAAGAAAAUUGUUGCUUUGGAACCAUUGAUACUUGGCUAUUAUAUAAGCUCACAAAAGGUUCUGAAUAUGCCACGGACUUCUCAAAUGCUAGUACAACUGGAAUUUUUGACCCAUAUCAGAUGUGUUGGAGUGGGAUCCUCACUUCCCUGCUUUCAAUACCAGUCUCUCUCCUGCCUCCUGUGAAAGACACAAGUCACAACUUUGGAUCAGUGGAUAAAGAAAUACUUGGAGCACCCAUACCAAUUGUGGCCUUGGUAGCUGACCAACAGGCAGCCAUGUUUGGGGAAUGCUGCUUUCAGAGAGGAGAUGUGAAGCUCACUAUGGGAACAGGGACUUUUUUGGAUAUUAAUACUGGAACCAACCUUCAACAGACUGUUGGAGGUUUUUAUCCAUUAAUUGGUUGGAAGAUUGGUCCUGAAGUUGUCUGCUUGGCUGAAGGCAAUGCAGCAGACACUGGUACUGCCAUAAAAUGGGCCCAAACUUUGAAUCUCUUCACAGAUGCUGAUGAGACUGAAAAGAUGGCUAAAAGUUUGCCAGAUUCUGAAGGAGUUUGUUUUGUUCCAUCUUUUAGCGGAUUGCAGGCGCCAUUAAACGACCCUUGUGCAUGUGCCUCUUUUAUGGGUCUCAAGUCUUCCACCAAUAAAUAUCAUCUUGUCCGAGCCAUACUGGAGUCCAUAGCUUUCAGAAACAAACAAUUGUAUGAGAUGAUGCAGAAGGAGAUUGGCAUUCCUAUUACCAGAGUUCGGGCAGAUGGAGGGGUUUGCAAGAAUAGUUUUGUUAUGCAGAUGACUUCUGAUCUGAUUAAUGAGAAGAUAGACAGGCCUGCCCACAUAGAGAUGUCCUCUUUAGGAGCUGCUUCUCUAGCUGGUCUUGCUGUUGGGUUUUGGACAGACAAAGAGGAGUUAAAGAAGCUGAGGGAAAGUGAAAGAGUUUUUGAGCCACAGAGAAAAUGGAAAGAAUAUGAACCUAGUAUGGAAAAUUGGGUCAAGGCUGUAAAACGUUCCAUGAACUGGUAUACCAGGCUAUAACUUCAGAUGGGAAAAGACAAAACACUCUACUGCUUUUUGGGGGGGAAACCUUACCAUAAUUUUUAUCUGAACCAUAACCUUGCUAAGACAACAAUACCUCAUAAACACGCCUUUCAUGGUUGUGUGUUUCAUAGCAGCUUCCUAAGAAGAGUGUGACCACCAUUUCCAGUUGUGCGUGGCUGCUCCAAAAUUCUUGUCUUACCUCGGGUCCUCAUCUUUUUAAAAGAAAAAUACUGUAGAUAAGUGCUAUAACUGAACAUUGUGAUUUGUUACCAGCAAUUUUUAGUGAAUGCUAUUCAAUGUUGCAUUCAAAAAUUAUGUCAUUUUUUGCCUUGAAUUCAUUAGAUUUAUUUACAAUCUACGUACUAAAUAAAAGGAUGACUAUGCCAAAAUAUUGUAGCAGUGCUGAAGCAACAUUAAGAGUUUUUUUAGGGAAGCUAGGUGACACAGUGGAUAGAGCACCAGCCCUGGAGUCAGGAAUACCUGAGUUCGAAUCUAGCCUCAGACACUUAACACUUACUAGCUGUGUGACCCUGGGCAAGUCACUUAACCCCAAUUGCCUCACUUAAAAAAAAAUUAGUUUUUUUCAAUUUAAAGCUAGAAUUGUUCAAUGCUCUGUCCAGACGUGAGCUGUGUGUCAGUAUUUGGAUUUCAGACUAACUUUCUUUUUAGGUUAGUGCAUCAUCUUUUUCUAACUGUCUUAAUUUUUGCUCUCCUGUGACCUAGGAACAUUAUUUCUUUGCAGAUUUGCCAACAAACUUUUCAUAAUUGGUCAUUGUCUUUGAAAAAAUGUUGAUUUCUGAUUGAUCAAAAUGAUAGUGUUUGCUAGGGAACAAUAAUUUCUUUCUCUUCUUCCAUCAAAUUAUUUGAUUACUUAAACUGACCAUAUUUGCAGGUGAGUAGGGAAACAGUGUUCCCAAAACUUCUGGCUGUCAUCACAGAAUCAAUCACGAUCUCAUUUUUGAGAACAUACAGCUCGCUGUUAUUGUUUGAUCCUCCUGAGUAUUUUGUUGUCUUACAUUAAUGUCCUAACACAUUUUGUUGUAAAUAUCCCUGGGCCUGGUUGUUGGUGUUUAAUAACCAGAACAGUUCUUAGUUAGAUCAAGAUGGUGACAUCUCUGCUUUAUGAGCAUUUUUUUUUUUACCAGUUCUGGUAGUUAGGUCAGAUCUCUCAGUCUUUCUUUAUAGUAUUUCAUCCUUGUGUGUGUGCCUUCUGAUAGUUAACCUACUUGUCUGGCACAGAGGAUGGCAGGAGUGAACCCACUCAGUGGCAAGUGCCCUGGAUACCUCUCUCUGCCCCAUCUACUUCUAGGAGAGGAGCAGAGAAAUCUUAUUUUAUUUUUUGAUCCUCUGCUUGGUGAAAUUUGUGGAGAGAAGAGGGUUGAGGCAGAGCCUAGGCUGCCCGUGCUCCCAAAUAUUUGAGCACCAAUUUAGUUUUCAAAGUAUAGUAAUAAUGAGUUAUGUGCCUGUGACUGAUGUUUAGCCUUCAUUGUUAUCACCUCCAGCCUCGUUUCCCCUUUGCCAGGACUUGCCCAUUUGGUAGUGGUCUUUGCUUGCUUGUUUUGCUGGUUGUGAAUUUACUUCUUUCAAACCACAGAAUUCUUACUUAAAGGGGAAAUUAUCAAGUAAGAACAUGAUUUAAGGAAGGUGAUCAAGGUAUUUUAGUUCCUGCACAUUUUCCAAAAACAGACAGUGGUCUGUCUUUGGAGAAUACUUUCUAAGAACAAUAAAGUAAAACAUGUAGCUCAUUCUUACUCCUCAAAUUCCAUUAUGUUAAGCUUCAACAGCAGUUCUAGAUUUUGUCUCAUUAGAGUUUUGUUGUCUCACAUACUUGGGCCAUCUACUGAGGCUUUAAAGUCUUGUUGUAUGGAAAUUUUUCAGUGCAAUAUUCACUCCCUCUAGUUCUUCCUUUCUUCUCUUGUUUCUGAUAGUCUUACAUUGAAGCAGCCUUAGGAUAACUUUCUGUGGGGUCUGAACUAUUUGUAGCCAAACAGGACUGAAUUGUUUCCAGAGAGGCUCCUGGUAUCAUUUCUCAGAGACUUGACAUUUGGUGGGUGUGCUUUAUUCACUAAUACUUUUGUCUUUGCACACUGAGUCCUGAACUGGAAUAUUACUAAUGCCUAAAAUUUUUCUUUUACUUUGAUCUUGUGUAUUAAUUCAUCUCUGUCUCUGUCUCUCCCUCCUAUUGUAUUACUGCAAAUGAAAGGAUAAAGAUUAUUUAUUAUGUAUAACUGAAUUUCAUGGGAAUUGGUUGUCUGUCCAGGUAUUAGUGGCUUAUAAAUUUUCUUCCUAUUCAAGAAUAGAAACAAGUCUUAUUUUUGUUCUUUUGGUUCUUCAAGGGACAGUUUGCUAGAGAGGUGGUCAGAUUUUGUUGACCACAUUCGUUCUUGAAGGUUGUAGCAGAAAAUUCUGAAUCAUUUCAUUGAAUCAGGUGCCAUCUUCUGAGCCCUCUUUCUCAUAGACCUUUAUCAAUCAGGAAAUAGCAGGAAAGGUCCUAGUCCUUGAAGGAAAACAGGAUUCCUACUUUUAAUGUAAGGGAGAGAACCAGGCAUUAGAAUCUGUUCAUUCAACUGUUUGUUGUUGUUCAUUCUCUCUUCUCUAGAAAAGUCAUCGUUUUGAUGCAGAUCUGGGAUGUGCUUGGUGUGUUAGGACAGGACCAAAGUAUAUUUAUCUGAUUCCUUGCUUUGCUACACUUAGAAAUAAGUGUUUUUGAAACGUGGCUAAUCCACAUUCUUUUACUAAAAAUUAAAGAUGCCUUCCUGUCUCUGGGCAAAGACCACUUUGGAUAAAUCCUCUCUACUUGUGCUCCAUUAAACCGCCUAGAUUGUAAGCUCCUUGAGGGCAGGAGUUAUGUCUUUUUUCCUUUCUGUAUCACCCACAGUGCCUUGCAUGUAGUAGGUGCUUGGCUAAUAUUGGCUGAAGGAGUGAAAUUUCAUCUCUGCUUUGGACUUUUAAUAUGUAUAUUUCCUUUUCCCUUUUUGUACACAAAAGUGCUAGUAGGUAGCAAGUGAUGUUUGUUACAGUAAAUACAUUGGCUUGAGAGAGACGAUUGUAAAUAGCUUUAUGACCAUAAGCAUCUGGAAUCUCCAUUUUUUUAUUCUUAAAAGUUCUGUGUGAAAACCUCACUUUCUAUGAGGGAAGAUGAUUUAUUCAAAAUUUUAUCUUUUUAAACAACAAAAUUCUUCAUGUUAGUAUACAUCUGCUGGUACAUAUUUAGGUAACUUUGGGGGAUGUUUCUAAGGAAAGACAACAGUUUUUCCACAAGUUUUAUUUUUAUUACAGAAGAAUACUAAAUGAUGGGACCCUAGGAAUGCCAAACAUAAUUUUGCUUCAUGAAAGAAGCUCUAAGAAAAGUUUCCCUACAUGCUCCAAUAUUAACCUUAUUUAAUUAAAAGUAACAAAUGGUAAGGUACCCCUCCCUCCACAGCCUAGCAAGAAUUUCAAUAUUCUUGGUAUCCUGAAAAUGAAAAGGGAGGUAAUUUAAGGCCUUUAGACCUUGUAGCAAUUUUUAAAUUUCUCAGACUGAGCAGAGGAGACCUGGGUCUCCUCUGAGUCCAAACUCACCUACCAGUCAGGAAUAACAGUGGAUUCUGAGUCCCUUUGGGGAUUUUCAUUGAUGUCCUCAAAAAGAAUGAAAAGCCCCAGGAUCCCUUCCUGACCCUUUGGUACCAAAUUUAGCCCACUAUGGACCCCAGGGAUAGCCCAAGCACCUAGACCUCCCCAGUCACGUAUCCUUAGGGGGCUGUGGAGCAAAGCUCCUUACAUUGUGGGUUGCAACCCCAUAUGGGGUUGUGUAACUGAAUGUGGAGGUCAUGAAAAAUCUGGCAACAGUAAAAGGUAUACCUAUUUUAUAUACCUGUAUACCUGGGGUCAUAUAAAAAUUUCUUGGGCCAAAAGGGGUCACGAGUGGAAAAUGUUUAGGAAGCCCCGGUGUAGAGGUCCUUAGAAUUGCCCUGAUUUUGAAGGGUAUGGGGCAGCACAUCAGUGUAGCCCAAGGGCAGAUGAGCAAAGCCCAGUGAGAAAGUGUGGCAGAAGUUCUUGGAAGCAGGGAAGGAACCACAAUUGCAGAAAACCUCAGAUUUCCCUGUGCCAUGAUCUUCCCCUCAAUGACACUGUUGGUGUGCUGAGUAUGGCAGCUCUGUGUGCCCUGUGACUUUGGGGGAGAGAAAUGACAAGCACUCAGCUGAAUCUUUUCAUUUUUCCCUUUUCCGUUUAAUGACUGAAGAGGUCACUCCUUAGGGGUUUGAAAUAAUGUAACUGAUCAGGAUAUUAUUAGGUAACUUCCAAGUGUGUACUGACAUCUUCAGUGUGACUGUAACGUACAAGGGAGAGGCCCAAGGGGCCUCUCAACGGUUCUGUUCUCAUUAGCGGCGUGUUGAUCUGUGAUUAGCCAUAUAACAAUAUCAUUGUUUUAAAAUGUUUUAAGUACUGUAUAGAGUUUUAUACUCAGCUGUCUUAAUAUUUCUAAGAACUUUUAUUUUGGAAUAAUAUGACUUGUUAUGAUUCAAAAUGAUUUAGUAGAAAAUUUAUUUGAAAAUUGCAUAUUUAUGCAAGGUGGUAUAAUAUAGAUGUCAGUUGGGAUAUAUGAGCCUGUUCUUUAUCAUUCUAUUACUCUUCUUUCAGAAAUUUAGCCUCAUUCAUACAAAAUUGCCAUUAAGAUCAUCAUAAAUAGCUAUACAUUAAAUCUAGAAGGCAUAAAUAUCUUGUUGCAAUUUUUUUCUUUGGUUUUAUAUGGGUUCCAUUCACUUUCUAUUCCCCUAAGGACUACCUUAGGGGUAAGAAACACAAGUAAGCAUUUUAUUUUCCAGAAAAAUCCUUUCCCUGUGGCUCAUAGGUAUUUAUUUUGUGAUAUGCCAGUUAUAAUUGUUAGUUAAGGGUAAAAUUCUCUGGGGAACAUGGGCCCAGGCAAAUGGUUGCCUUAUCCUGGACCUGUUUCUAUCCAGCUACCUUCUAGGUUCACUCAUUUUUUGAGAUCCUUCCUAAAGUAUGAAAAUUGGGCCUGGUUUUUACACAUCAAAUUACUCCCAGUUAUCCAUGACCUUAAAAUAAAAACUAUGAAUAUGACUACAUGGGCUGGGAUCUAUGAUGGAAAAAUUAGCAAAAACUCUUAAUAAUUGAACCCAGAAAAGAAUCAUUUCAUAUAACCCUGACAAAAGGCAAAGUCACAGACUAGAUGAUCACUUUAGGGACUGUUAAGCCUUAAUUUAUAUUCUACAUCCUUGCAUAAGGGAACUUAUUAGAGAAGAAAGUUCAUUGUGAAAAAAUAUGAAUAUAAUUUGUGGGGAAAUGAAUGUAUUGUAUUUUUAGAUAUUUAGAAAACAAAUAACUGGAUGACUCUUUGCAAAUAAUGAUGGUACCAGCUUAGUUUUUUUUUAAAUCAUCAUCUCUAAAAAUUGUACUUAUGUAAAAAAAAUAAAAAUUACU